CGGCUUCCGUCGGCUACGUAUCAUCCCGGAAGAUUUACCUUUUCUCCUGACACGUAGCAGCCGCAACCGAGUUGGCAGGGCUUUGAGUAGAUUUGUCAAACAUUACAGAGUGAGAGAUGUCAGGGUUUGACAACUUCAACACAGACUUUUACCAGUCCAGCUACAGUGUAGAUGACCAAAGCCAGGCCGGCUAUGGCUACAGCAACACUGACAAUGCCCACAAACAAUAUGGUCAGUACGACUAUUCCCAGCCCAUGGGAUACCCUUCCCCAGGGAUGAUGCAGCCCCAGCAGCCAUACACAGGACAAAUCUUCCAGCCCACACAGACCUACACGCCAUCCCCGUCACAAUCCAUGUAUGGUAGCAGCUUUGAUGACGAGCCACCGUUGCUAGAAGAAUUAGGAAUCAACUUUGAUCACAUCUGGCAGAAGACUCUUACGGUGCUCCAUCCGAUGAAGGCAGCAGACGGUAGCAUCAUGAAUGAGACAGACCUGGCUGGCCCCAUGGUCUUCUGUUUGGCAUUCGGAGCAACACUACUCUUGUCAGGAAAGAUCCAGUUUGGCUAUGUGUACGGUAUCAGUGCAAUUGGCUGCCUCGGCAUGUACUGCCUCCUCAACCUAAUGAGUAUGACGGGCGUCUCCUUCGGCUGUGUGGCCAGCGUUCUGGGAUACUGCCUCCUCCCCAUGAUCCUCCUAUCCAGCUUUGGAGUCCUCCUCUCUUUACAGGGCAUGAUGGGAAUUAUACUAACAGCAGCAAUCAUUGGCUGGUGCAGUUUCUCAGCCUCAAAGAUCUUCAUCUCAGCAUUGGCCAUGGAUGGGCAGCAGCUGUUGGUUGCUUAUCCCUGCGCUCUCCUAUACGGGGUCUUUGCACUCAUCUCUGUCUUCUAAAGAAAUCAUUGCAUAACAAUUUAAAAUAACCGCUCUACAGUUUCUGUAAUUUCAGUCUAAUUAGUGUCAGUAUAACUAGUGUCAUUAUUGGCUAAUUACACUGUUAUUACAAAAAAAAUGGGAGCUUCAGUCUAAAACGGCACCAAGGUUUGUUUGUUUUUUUUUUUCUUUUAUAAGCCUCCACCUCUCACCACAUUCCGACUUGACCAUCUGCCGGCUGGAGCGUCUCACUCAGGUCUUCUCACCACCUUUAUUCCCUUCAUGUAUCUUAAAGGAGAGGACUGUCAAAUAAACCUGGUGGAAAAAAUAACACUCGUGGACCAUGUUGAGCCUUUAAACGGCUUAGUACAGUCCUAUGAUUUUAAGGACUUGAAGGGGACGGAAGUGAGCAAGUACUUCACCCAAUGGAAGUGCAAGGAGACAAUUGAAUUUGGACACAGACGGGAAAAGGUUUCAAUUUCCAAGAGGAACCGAUAACUAACCCUCAGCAAAUCCUGCAGCCCAAUGUGGAGCCAGUAGGAAACGCCACGUAUCAUUUUUGCAAAAGCUGUUGUUAGCCAUUUCUGGCCCACACCCAUAGAUUGUACAGCUGCAAGACUAAAGGAAACACCAACUUUUCUCCCGCACAAGACUACAGUAGCUCAUUCUACUUCUUCACCCAGAAAGGAUGAAUGAAAAUUUGGGGAGGGGGGCUCCUCCUCACUGUCUUCUUUUCUCCAGGACUGAGGAACCAUGAAUACCACCAUUUGCUUAUCACUGUAAAAACAGCUGCUCCGCUUUAUCUCUUCAUGUAUUGUUUUAUUAUACUCUCUUGAGAUUCAUUUGAGUUUUGAUGCCUUUCAAGAAGACAAAAAUACAGUUUGCACAAAAGCAUUGUUCUAAUUUUCAAAACCAAACAAAUUAGAUAAUGAGAAUUGAUAUUUUUAGAGAUACUUUAUGUGUCUAGGUACAGAUGUGUCUCUAUAGGAUGUUGCUUUAGUUUGCAUCCCUUAAAAUUCUUAAAUCUUUAUUUUAGAGUCCACUCACUUUGUAUGCUUUGAUGUGUCAUCUGUUGUUCAUGUCUUCUCAUGCACAUUAAAGUUGUCUUUGAAGGUUA